CGCUCCAUAUGUGUCCAACUACACAGUUUAGACAUCUUCCGCCAUUAUGAUUACCUGAGUCGUUGCUGACUUGGAGUUUCAGAAAUCGAACGCUGGAAACAAGCCGCACGGCUGCGUCCCUGACGGUUGCGUCAUAGGUUGGUGGAGCUGCCGCAACCCACGGCCGCAGCAUCCUCCGAGUUCGCGGGCAGAUAUUAUAUAAUCACCUUGCGCCUCGAGACCGGCUCGCCUCGGUCUCUCCUACCCCCGAUCGGCGAUGUCGAGGUUCGCAAGAGCAAGGCGGCUGCUGCCGCUCCUGGCCGUGGCCGGCGCAGCCGGUGGUACGCUCUACUACGUCUACCGCCCGCGGAACCUCCCCGGCUACGAGGGCCCCGUGGUCCCGCCCCCUAUAUUCGGCGCCGACGGCACCUUCAAGCUGCCACGCUUCCCCCGUGUGAAAUCGCGCGCUGAGCAGAUCGCCGAUCUCAAGAAGAGCGGCGCCGGGAACAAAGAGGAGGAAUACGACAUCCUGGUCAUUGGCGCCGGCGCCACCGGGUCAGGAGUCGCCCUCGACGCCGCCACGCGCGGGCUCAAAGUCGCCCUGGUCGAGCGCGGCGAUUUCAGCUGCGGCACCAGCAGCAAGAGCACCAAGCUGGUGCACGGCGGCGUGCGCUACCUCGAGAAGGCCGUCUGGAACCUGGAUUACGCCCAGUAUCAGCUCGUGAAGGAGGCGUUGAAAGAGCGGAAGUACUUCUUGCAGACGGCGCCGCAUCUGAGCAUGUGGCUUCCCAUAAUGCUGCCGCUGGACCGGUGGUGGAAGGUCCCCUAUUACUGGGCCGGCACCAAGUGCUACGACUUCCUCGCUGGAAGCGAGGGCAUAGAGAGCUCGUAUUUCUUGACUAAGAGCAGGGCUAUCGACGCUUUCCCUAUGCUCAAGCAGACGGACCUCGUCGGGGCGCUGGUCUACUACGACGGCGCGCACAACGACUCGAGGAUGAAUGUCUCGCUCGCCAUGACGGCAGCACUUUAUGGCGCCACCGUGGCGAACCACGUCGAGGUCACCGGGCUCCUGAAGGACGCCAACGGCAAGCUCUGCGGCGCCACUGCCAAGGACAACAUCGCGGAGAGAGAUGGGAAGCCGGCGGACAACUUCACCAUCAAGGCCAAGUGCAUCAUCAACUGCACCGGCCCCUUCACCGACGGCAUCCGGAAGAUGGAUGAUCCCAACUGCAAGGAGAUUGUCGCGCCCGCCAAGGGCGUGCAUAUCGUGCUCCCGGGCUACUACAGCCCCGGCAAGAUGGGCCUGAUCGACCCGUCAACCUCGGACGGGAGGGUCAUCUUCUUCCUGCCCUGGCAAGGCAACACCAUUGCCGGCACCACCGACGAGCCCGCAGAGAUCUCCAAGAACCCUUUGCCGGAUGAGAAGUCCAUCCAAUGGAUCCUCAACGAGAUCAGGCAUUACCUCUCUCCCGACAUUAACGUCCGCCGCGGGGAUGUCCUGGCAGCGUGGACAGGUAUCCGUCCUUUGGUCAAAGACCCCAAGGCCAAGAACACGGAAUCGCUCGUUCGCAACCACCUGGUCGACAUCUCCGAGUCCGGCCUCGUGACCUGCGCCGGCGGCAAGUGGACCACGUACCGGCAGAUGGCAGAGGAAUGCGUCGACGCGGCCAUCGCCGCGUUCAAGCUGCAACCCAAGCCGGUCACCAACGCGCCGCGCGUCAGCGGCACUGACGCUGUCGACGACGGCGCCAACCUCGACGGCUCGUGCCAGACGCACCGCGUGCGGCUGAUCGGCGCGCACGGCUGGAGCCGCACGCUCUUCAUCAACAUCAUCCAGCACUUCGGCGUCGAGACCGAGGUGGCCAAGCACCUGACCGAGAGCUACGGCGACCGCGCCUGGACGGUCGCCGCACUGUGCCGGCCGACCGACAAGCGCUUCCCCGCGCGCGGCGAGCGCAUCUCGCAGCUCUACCCCUUCGUCGACGGCGAGGUGCGCUACGCGGUGCGCCACGAGUACGCGCAGACGGCCGCGGACGUGCUGGCCCGCCGCAUGCGGCUGGCGUUCCUGAACGCCCAGGCCGCGCUCGAGGCGCUGCCCAAGGUCAUCGAUAUCAUGUCGCAGGAGCUGGGGUGGGACCGGCGCAGGCAGGAAGUCGAGUGGAAGGAUACGGUGGCCUUCCUCGAGUCCAUGGGCCUGCCCAAGCCCAUGCUCUCGGCGACGCGGAAACAGGUCGAGCAGGGCAAGCUCGACUUCAAGUCAUCGCUCGAGUACCGCAUGUACUCGCGGCACGACAAGCCGGUUGAAGACGAGGUCUAGGAGCCGGGCAGAUAGUCUCCAUCCAAAACUCAGUUGGCAUAGGUUUUGCGGCGUUUUGAUCUAGAUGGGCGUGGCUGGCUGCUGCAUG